AUGUCGCUCCUCCUGGCGCACUUGGAGCAAAUCUCCACCUCAUGCGAAAGCAUCGACAGCCUUCCGUUUCCCCCUCCCAAAAUCUUUACCAACGCCCUCCUCUCGAACCACGACAUUACGUCCUUGAUUCGCGACACCGAAGCCCACGAGCGCGCCCUCUUCUCCGUCCCUCCCCCUCCCCCAAAAGCCACCACCCAGGCGCCCGAUCCACCGAAGCCUGCGAACCGACGACAAACCGUCUUCAACGUUGCCGGCGGCGAGGUCACCACAGGCCCACCAGCCAAGUCGACGCGCAGCAGCGGCCCGACGCGCCGUAACACAGCCGUGGCCGCCGUCUUGGGCGGAGAUCUUCACGCACAAAUAACGCGACGCAACCCUGCCGGAAGUGGAGGCGGCGAACUCGACAUCGAAGUGCUACUGCGCGGUGCCGAGAAGCUCUGUACGGUGUACCCCUUGCCUGGCGCGCUGGAGAGGAUACCGGCCCAGCGGCGAAAGAAUGAACAGUUGAUGAACACGUUGGCGUACUAUGAGACCAGGGUGGCAGAGCAACAAGAGGCUUUGGACAGGUUGAACCUAGACCGUUAUGCGGAAGAGGAGGAAGAAGAGGCUGGCAGAGAGAGCGCGGCUGCUGCCGACGUCAUGACGGAGGAAGAUCUGAGAAGGGAAGAGGAGGAGAUACGCGAACUGGAUCGAAGAAGGAGGGAGUUGCAAGCGAGGUUGCGAGCGACGGAGCGCGAUCUCAAUGGAUUGAUGGAGUUUUGA